UAAAGUUUGGAUUGGAAGGGAGGAGGGAAGGCUUUGCAGCGCGUGAGGAGGGAAGGAGGGCAGGGAGGAGGGAGAGGGCUACGCUACCGCACGAAACCGGCCAAACAACUUUGUCGUUCAACGGUCGCGCGGCUCCGUAGCGAGCGCGCAUUUUUGUAUUUGUUUUCUUUUUAACCACCCCACCCCACCUUUGUUUCGUUAUGAAUUGUAUUUAUUCAAAUUUAAUAACAAAACAGUUAUUUCUACAAAAGAGCGCCUUGAUUAUAAUUUAUCGAAAUGUACACUGUUAUCUUUACGUAGGUGAAUUACCUGUGCGGUGUUUGUAAAGGUGUUGAAAUAAACAGGUGAGGAGUCUCAGUAAAAGUGAAAUGAGAAAAAUUGUGUUCAGUUGAUGAACAAUGGAGUGUUCCAAGGAUAUGGGAGUGCUGAAAAGGCACAGUCAGUUCAGUGACACGAAGUAUAAGUGGAGGACCGUGGUAGUGUGGUUUCUGUGUUGUUUGUGCGGUUGCGGGGGUCAGGCGGUGAUGGGUGUGGGGGCUUCGGAUCCUUAUCUGUUGAACAAGUCGUUGGGGUUGACGGAAUUGCCGGGCGGUGUUAUCGCCGGCGGAAGGACCUUUUGGAAGUCGGAUAACAGCCCUUACCUUCUGAGGGAUGACCUACUUGUUGAGAGGGACGCAGAACUGAUAAUAGAGCCUGGAGUUGAAGUCCGCUUCGCCCCCAUGGUCGGGAUAACUGUACGCGGAAAACUUAACGCUGUGGGUAAACAUCAAAGUGGAAUUACAUUCACAAGUACAGAAGAACCUGUGAAAUUGCCAAAGCCGAUCCCCGACAUUCGUCUGGUGGACGGGCCUUCAAUCCUAGUUGGAAGGGUCCAGCUUUUACACCGAGGACAAUGGCGCUCUGUGUGCACAAAUUCUAGAAAUUGGACAAUCAACGACAUGGAAACGGCGUGUAGACAGCUUGGCUUCAUGGGGGGAUCGUUUUACAACUGGAUGGAUCGCCAACCCGGACGACGGCCGAGACUCCUGUUCGAAGAACCAAAUUGUAAAGGAACCGAAUACGACUUAUUUCAAUGCGACUGGAACUCAAGACAGCUCGGCUCGGGCGUCUGCGAUUUCCAUCCUGAUCUCGCGAUCCAAUGUCUUCCACAUCACGAUGACAACGAAUUAGGGAAUUCAGGUAGACAUUGGAGAGGCAUACGAUUCGAAAACGCCGUUUACGAACGAAUACUAACCGCAGUUAAUACGCUAUACGUCCCCACUUCGAUGUCUAGACUUGUUCAUGUUACCAUAAAAAACGCAGGCCUCGGGAGGGAUAACAAUGCAACUAGUGCCUUAGAUAUUAUUGGAGUGCCACCAAUUAUGGAAGACAUAGAGAUAUCGGACUCCGCCUUCAACGCUAUUAAUGUGACGUCACCUGACGCUCCCAUCAUUAUUAACAAUUGUACUAUACAAAACAAUAAAGGGUAUGGUGUCUACGUGAACUCUACGUAUGGAAUGGCUAAAAUUGAAAAUUGUUCAAUUCACGACAACGGAGGCGACGGUAUCAAGUACGUAGUUCACGAAAUGAAUAUAGAUGGACGACUCGAUCGAAGCGAAAUAUUUGAUCUGUGCACGCUGGCUUCCACGCCGAGUCAAACAUUUCCAUUGCAAAUGUCUAUCGAACAAUCGAGGUAUUCUAAUAUGGAAAGAGAUUGUAGUCAGAAAUUUUUCACUAGAUCUGAUCAUGUACUUACUUUAAAUUUUAUUAAACUUCUUACAAAUCAAAACGAGACUGGUGAAAUUUUCGUUCACGACGGUCUUACGCCAGAUGAUAGAUUACUAUUGUCAUUCAGUAUAAAGAACCAUACGCGGCCGCAAAGUGUUACUUCCACGAGGAACAGAAUGUACGUUAGAUUUCGAGCAAAUACUAGAACUGAUAUUGUGGGAUUUUUAAGACUGACGUCAGGUGCAAGCAAAAUGUAUGAUCUGAAUGUCACCGAUACAAUAAUAUCUGACAACAAUGGACGAGGCGUUGUUAUAGAGAACUUAAGAUCACAAAUUCAUAUACAUCGCACGUCGAUAUCUAAUAACAAUCAUGUAGCCGGUCUCCAUGUUGUUAACGGAGCCGGAGAUGUUAACGUAACAGAAAGUAGAAUAUCCUUCAACCAAGGAGAUGGUAUAAACAUUACAGUAACAGGUGGAAACAGAAAUAUAUCGAGAAGUAUUAUAAGCUCAAAUCAAGGUUAUGGUUUAGCUGUGUGGCUCAAUAACACUCAGGAAACUGAGUACAUUCCAGUUAAUCAGACUACAGUUGUUGAGUAUUCAGAAAUAUUUAAAAAUUUAGAUAUUGGCAUACUACACGGAAACUUUUGUGGUGACAGCUGGAUAAAUAUCACCGGGAACUGGUUUAAUUCCAGUGUUGAAAGUACAAUAGACAUUUCAACUUGUUGGAGAUUGAAUAACCCAAGCAAAUCCCUGUUUUUACAAAUAGGUCAUAACCGAUUUUACCAAAAUCAAAAAGUUCCAUUGAAGAUACAACCAGCUUUAAAUGUGUUAGGUAGAAUUGAAUAUAAUUACUUUGAACAUGGUAGUUAUGGUGCAAUGGUGAUUAUGAACCGCAUAGAAGGAAAAUAUUUAGAAGAAUUUGAAAUACUUCCUGCUAGAUUUGAUAUUCAGCAUAAUUAUUUUUUCGGCAAUAAGGGCCCGUUUGUUGUGAACCUGGGUCUUUCACCGUAUAGUGAUAUUCAAUACAUUUUAUUCUCACGCAAUUUCUUAAGAGACAACAGAAUACGUGAGCCAUUUGAACCCAUAGAAGGAGUUUCUUCUCGCCUUAUUCCUAGAAGCAGAGUUGCGGCAACUAUUGUCAUAGCAUCCAGUAAUAUAGAUGUUUUUAGAAACAUCAUCAAUAAUCCAGAAGCCCAGUACGAAAUAGGUUCACAUGUUGAAGAUCAAAGUAAAAUUCUGAAUUGCACCUACAACUGGCUUGGUUUUGGUGAGGAAGAAAAAGUGUACAGAAGAUUGUUUCACAGAAAAGAUAGAUAUAAUCUUGCUAAAAUAGUUUACAUGCCUUACUUGUUGCAUAGUAGUAAUCCUGGUGCUACACAAAUAAAUUUCAACUCGCUUUACGUUCCCCAAUUUAAUGUUCCCGGAUCCUUAGUAGUUGGCGGGGAAGUCGAAGGCAUUGAAAUUUUAAAACCUGGAGAAUACGAUGUUGACAAAGAUAUAAAUAUACGACCGGGAGGUAAACUUAUAUUGCAAUCUGGAGUAACGUUGAAAUUUCCACCGGCCAUUGGUAUGAUGGUUGGUGGAAAAUUAGAAGCUAGGGGAAAACGCCCUAAUGAUAUUUCUUUUACUCUCAAAGAAGAAGUUAUUAUGACAAAUGAUAGUGUAUAUGAAACUGAACUCGAAAUUGAACUAACUACUCCAGGAUACAUUGAACCUAUUGUGCCGAUAAGGUUACUGGGUGGACGAACUCAGCAUGAAGGUAGAUUGCAAGUAAGAAUAAACGAAAAGUGGGGAACUGUAUGUAACUACAGAUGGAAUAUAAUGAAUGCUGCUGUAGUUUGCAAUCAACUUGGUUUUGCACUAAAUCCGGAUGAUUGGUUUUUAGAGCCUUACGAAAUACCUUCUGCCGGAAUUACUGAAGAUAUUAUACUGUCUAAUGUUGAAUGUACAGAAUUUGAUAGUGACAUAACUAAAUGCAAGGCAGAAACCAGAGACCAAUUCGAAAAUUCUUGCACUCAUGAAAAUGACGUAGGCAUUAGAUGUUAUGAAACCAGCUGGGCUGGAGUAAGAUUUAGUGUUAUUUCAGAACGCACGGAUUUACAAUACGUUACUAUUGAAAAAGCUGGUCUGCUUGAUUAUUCAUCGAAUUCAUUCAAACCAGCACUUCAAAUGGAUUUCGCUCGUCAUGGCCUCGAAAGCGUAAGAAUAUCAAAUAACUACCAUGAUGGUUUAGGAGUUCUAUACUCUGAUUUGUAUGGUGCCGAUGCCAUUAAUACUGUCAGAAAUUCAGAGUUCAGUAACAAUAGAGGGAGCGGCAUUAGUUUUAAGCAGUUGGGUCUAAAAGUCCACACUUCUCUGAUAGAAAAUAAUGAAGUUGCUGGGAUUUCCCAUAACCCCCAUUUGACUGGUCUUCAACAAAGAGAAAUAGCUGGAUGGUUUAAUUUAGACCCCGGAUUCAAUAUGGAUGAAUCAAAUUACCGCCCUAUAUUCAUUCCAGAUUAUGAAACUGAUAUAAGUUUGGUAAACGGUGAAACAAGAUAUAUAGUAUUUUCUAAACACUACGGUGAAAAUGUUAUGAAGACUUUCAACAUAAGAUGUAAUCCUGGCUAUGUACUUGGAUUACAACUUUUAAAUCCUAUUCAUAAUUUUUCGACUGAAAAUAUUUGUAUUUAUGAUUCGCAAAAUAUCAAUAGCGGAAGUACUCAGUGGUGCCUUGACCGCGAUUUAUCUACUUUUCCUACUACCAGUAACAGUUUUGGUAUAGUUUUGACAUAUGAAAGUGGAAAUGCUGCUCUAGGUGGAGUUGUAUUAGUAGUGAGUACAAUAGUUGCUCCCGUUCAAAAUCUUAGAAAUCGAAUUGUGAAAGGUCCAGUGCCAACACUUCAAGUUAAAAAUUCAAGAAUAAAAGGAAACACAAAGGGCGUUAAAGCUCUAUACUACAACAGAUAUUUAAAUGAGCUAGGUGACCAUUUCCUACGAAAAGCUAAUGAGAGCAUAAAAAUAUUUAACUGUGAAAUUGCUCACAAUAAGGAAGAAGCUAUAUACGUCAAUACACCUUUCUGGGAUAUUCAUGACAGUAAUAUAACCGAAAUAACUAUAAUGGUGAACAACAGUUUGAUUACUGAUAAUGGUAAAGGAAUCUACCAUUUUGCAAGGGAUUUAAGAAGUUCAAAUAAUCUCUAUCAUUACGUUUUACAAGAUAACACAGUCGAGAGAAAUAAAUUAGGUGGAUUUGAUGUAGCAUUACCAUAUGUUUGGCAAUACAAUGAAAACUUUACACAUUCAGUUUAUAUGCAUAAUAAUACGUGGCGUAACAAUAUGAACUUUGGAGUCAUAAUUGAUGGGCAUUUUGCAGAAAUAAAUAUAACGAAAAAUAUAUUUACCGACAAUAACUGUAGAAACGGUUUGAUUUCAAUACGAGGAAUGGAGAAGAAAAUGAAAAUAGAUGGCAAUACUAUAGAGAGAAAUAACGGACGCUUCAUGGUCCAAUUCUUUAUGGACAGCCAGAGUGAAAUUAUGGGUCUUGUGUAUGCCGUGUUUGCAUAUAAUCAAGUGAGAGAUAACAGGCACGUCGCUGUAAUGAACCGUGGUGCCCUAAUGCGUAGCGUAGAUCCAACUUACGUAAUUGGUUUCAAAGGGAUUCAAAAGGUAAAAGUUAGUAGAAACCUUUUCGGAAAUAACGACUUGCAGUAUACUUUAGUUGCAGGUAUUCAAACAGCAAAAAUCAACAAUCUCCUGGACGUUACUGAAAAUUGGUGGGGAAGUGCUGUUCAAAAAGAUAUUAAGAAAAAAAUUUUCGACUUUGAUGAUUGGAAUAAUCAUGCUAUUGCUACGUAUCUACCGUAUCUACUCGAGGAUAAUUUUGAUUCUAAUGUAUCUCCUACGUUUAGCACAGAUGCAGAAAUUGAUACAAAUGAAUUGGGGGGAAGAUUGCUUACAGACCUUACGUUAGAGUCUCGAUUGACUCCAUACAUAGUAAAAUCAGAUAUAACUGUUAUGCCCGAUAAAACCCUUACUAUCAGUCCAGGUGUAAUUUUGGAAUUUCCUCCUAAUGUUGGAAUUCUUGUAUUGGGUAAUCUUCAAGCCAUCGGUCAUAUUCAAUUACCAAUAAUAAUGCGACCUGUCACACCUCCGAGUAACGUUGAAACGAAUGGAAUUGAGAAACGGGAAAUUAGUCAAUAUUCUUCGAAACACCACAAUAAUAAACGACAGUUAGAAAAUUUUGUAGUACUUGAUUCAAUUAGACUUUGCACAGGAAGAAAUUGUACGGUCAAUGAUAAUACCGUUGAGAGAAAAAAUGAAGGAUUUUUAGAAUACUUUAAUAGGACAACUUUACAAUGGGUACCCAUGUGCGAUAAUCGAUUCACUGAAAGGAACGCCCAAGUAGUCUGUCGAGAGCUUGGAUUCGAUCCAAUUAACGUCUUUUUCGCAUACGAUCGUCGUGUUGAGUAUCAUAGUAAUUCUUUGUCACGAAUAUGGUCAUGGCCAGAACCACUACAGUGUGCAGGAACUGAAGAUCGCUAUGAAGAAUGCCCUAUUAGACUAAACGGACAACUAUAUGGGCAUAGGCAUGAAUGUAAAUGGGAUUCCGACUUCGUAUUCAUCCAUUGUGGAAAGAGAAAUUUAGAGGAAAAUUUAGACUAUUGGGGUGGUAUCAGAUUUGCUAAUCCAGAAUUUGAAUAUUCUCUGUAUGAACACCGUAUUCAUGAUCAUCAUACACACGAAACUAUGAAAAAAGCUGAAAGCUCUUUAUCACACAUACAGAUUGUAGGUGCUGGUAUUUUACACAGUGAAAAGUCGCCUGCUAUUCAAAGUAUAAUGCGAAAUCCCAAUAUACGAAAUGUUAAUAUUACUAAAUGUGCUUAUCACGGCAUAAAUUUGGUAUCUCCUACGGAUUCAGUCAAUAUGAUUUUUAAUUCUGUAAAUGAUGUAUUAGGGGAAGGAAUUAAUACCAUAUCACUUAGUGGUGAAGGUAGAGAAUCGGAAGAAUCAAGCUUUACACCUCUAAAGGAUCUCAAUCUGCCAUACCACAUGUUCUCACUCAUAGACAUCUGUGAUAGUACGAAAAUGGUCACUGUUGAAGAAAGAGUGCUGCUUUAUUACAAAUAUGACAAUAAUCCUGUGAAUUGUGUUAAGAUUUUCAAGAGCAUGUUUAGAGUGAAACCGUUCGGAUUCAGAUUACUACAAUUCAAUCUGUUUAACCAUACACAAAACUACGGUAAGAGAGACUCGUUGACCUUAUAUGACGGUGACAUUUACAACAUCACAGCACCUAUGAUUGGCUACCUUGAAAACGGUUCACCGGAUGAGAAGAAACUGUUUAGGACACAAGGAGCUAGUUUGAGCGUUAAGCUGUUUGCCAAUGGAGCUUCAUCAGUCCACGGGUUUAUCGCCGAAAUAGUCACAUUACCAAUAUCUGCAAUAGGAUUCAAUCGCGACGUUCAGCAUAACAUAUCCAACAGCGAGUUCAUUAAUAAUAGAAAUGGUGCAAUAACAUAUCAGUCGGUAGGCGAAGUGAAUCCAUUAGUAGCUAUUAUUCGCAACGAAAUGAGUGGAAACUGCCUUAAACUGUAUGGGAACUUUACAUCCUGCCAAGCCGCUGUAAGAGUUGACGUGCAGAACACCCAGACCCUGGUUUUUAGGAACAAUCUGGUCCGAAACAACGUUGGAGGAUUGCUUGUGAGAGCGGACUCUAGGGGUUCGGCUACAUCUCUUCGAGGAUGGGUCCAUAACAAUUUGUUUUUGGCCAAUCAUGACCUGCCAUGUCUUCAAGUAGAAGGGCGUCAAUCGUCACCUUACCAAGAGAUCACCAUCUACCGUAACUACUUCACACGGAACUUCGUGCAGUUCAAGGACGUCAUCGUUUUGCGACAGGUCGUUUCUAACUUCACCCACAACUAUGUUCACGAUAACAGGGGCCAAAGGAUAUUAGAGGUGUCAGGGUUCGAUAAAGUGAGAUUGCCCAUUUAUCAGACCACCUCUCAUAAUGGAUUCUAUAAGAAUUAUGCGUUAGAUCGCGAGGGUCGAGCUACCGUCGUCGCCGGCACAGCUGGCCAACAUUACGUAGAUAACAUUUUCUUCAACCCGGACAAUGACUAUGAAAUGAUAACCGUCAACAGAUCUAUCUUUGUUGAUUAUAAUCCGAACGUUGCAAGCUCCCUGGACCUAUGGCGUACGCGUAUCGACGCAAAACACAACUUUUGGAGUUACAACGAGACAUUGGCUGUAGCCGGCCGAAUAAGGGACCAAGAUGACAACCCGCUACUGUUGGAAGUGGACUACCGGCCGUUCUAUAUGAACAAUCAGACGGUGCUAGGCGGUGGCAAAUGUCCCCCAGGCUGGGAUUACGUACAAGACACUUGCUAUAUGUACGUUGGGGCGCCGAUGACUUAUGAAGAAGCACGGCUGUUUUGUUUGUCUGACAACGCGUCCAUGCCCUACGUAAGCGGUAGCGUAAACUACGCAGCGUUGUACGAAUUCAUAGGGCGUCAGAACCAGUGGUUCCAGUACGGCGACCGAGUGUGGGUCAACCACAUCGACUAUGUGACGCAGUGCACUUCGUUCGCAUUCUCCUCCGUGGACAUUACGGAUUGCAACCAGAAGAACGCUUUCAUAUGCGAAAUCGAUCCGAAGAUAACGAUCGACCCGAUGUCGUGGCGCGGCGAUAUGCUGGCUGUGGCGUUCAUAGGAGUGUUAGCGGCUGCUGUACUGUUAGUGGGGGCUGCCCUUAUAUGCUGGUACUCCAAGUCUAAGCACAGACACUUGCAACGCCUGGAGCGUCGGAACAGCAUAAGACAAUCGCUGCAUUCAGUACGGUCCAUCGGCAGCAUCAACGGAGCCUACCCCGACACCACUUACAGGAGGAAACUGGCACAAAUGAGCACGCGUUCCACUGACACCUUAACCAAAGGCUCGGACUACAGAAAAAUGGUUGCGUCCACAGUAUCAGUGGAAUCAAUGGAGAAAAGCCAAUUCAAUUCGUCCACAGAAGAUAACCAGAGUUUUGACAUUUACGAAGCACACAACCCGAGCGCCAACGUAAUGCCGCUUAAACACAGCACUUUCAUCAAGAAACCUGUAUCACCCGAAUACUCUAUACCUCAAAAUACCAAUAGACCAUUCAAUUUAGCGUAUAGAAACGAGGGUUACAGAGAAAAUUCAACCCCAGCAAGCGAAGCGCCAUCCACAAACACAGUUAUGACCGAAGAAAUACCCAUAUUGCACCACCCCGGAGGUUUACAAUCCCAAGAACCGGACUCUCAAUACUUCACUUCGGACACUUUACCUUUGAGGGGUGAAAGGGACAAUUUUAAGCGGGAGUUAGAGAAGGAAGGCAAGAUUUACGGGCCGUACGGUGCGCCUAACUAUGGGGGGCAGCCGAGACUCUCUUUUCUCAUGGAGUUAAGGUCGAAAAUGCCCGAGCAACCGCAGCCGGGAACGGCCCCUACAACGACCUUCGGUCAGAGGAACAAUGGGACAGAUCCACAACAGUAUUACGAUGACAGUAUGGCCAGUCCGCCCCCACCGCACUAUCAUUACGACACGACUCUCUCAGAAAACAUUCCGAGCUACGAAUCAAGCCCUCAAGACCUUAGUAGGGAAUUCGACACUCCUACACCAGAAUUACAUCACAGAUCCAAGUCCGAAGCGUUAUUAGAAACCAACUUCGAAUUCGAUGACUCAGAGUCCAGCCCUUUGCCGAUCUCCGAAGCACACCGAUCGCACAGUCAACCUUUAGAGACCGCAAUGUGAUCAUAAAAGAAAUCUACCAAAAUAGUAGUUUUUAGUAGUCGAAUGAAGAGGCAACAUUUGAAGUUAAUUUGAGGGAAGGGAAGCGGUGUAGUAAAAUAAAUUAGCCAAUCGGUGUUCAACUUAAUAAAAGGGGACCUUCGAUUUUUGCCCAAUUUUGUAUCUUGCUACAAAUUAUCUCAAAAAACAUUUAAAACUAUACGUAAAAAUACUCACCAAAAUCCCAAUCAAUUUUAUAAAAUUUGCUGAAAAUUUGAAUUAAAAUAGGGAAUCUGCGUAUAAAGAAACGUUAUUACUUAGACGUAAUGUGUCAUUGACAGAUGACAGCUAAAACUAUUGGUUUAAAUUCCUUUCCUUGAUUGUGAUUGGUUGUAUAAAAAUCUCGUACGUAGUUAAGAAAAAAAAAAAAAAGAUGUACAUUAACCGACAUAAAUUUUCUGUGUUGCCAUUAAUUUAAAAUUUUAAACGACCUAUAUAUGGUACAAGUGUAUAAUAAACUCCAUUUCUCUCUCUCUUUUCUCAUUCUGAUGAAUUCGCCGUAUCUUUCUACACAUAAAUGCAUGAUAAUUCUUAAGGUACAAAAUUGGGUGAGUUGUAUGUAGAAAAGAAUGAUCCUUUAAACGUUUUAGUUUAUACUAACGAUGAACGCUUUCUUACUUUACUGGAACUUAAUCCAGAAUUAAAUGAUUUUCAAUUAUAUGUUAGUUAUUUAACAUGAUAAUAACAGCUUGUUACUUAACAUAACAUAACUAUAAAAUUAACAUGCGCAGAGGGAAGCAGGCAGUACCCAUUCUCUGUAAUAAAAAGAAAGUGAAUACUAAUGUGGUAUGUAGUUUAGAAAUGAAAAGACUGAAAUUAUUUGUCUUGAUGAGAAAAUAUUUGUGCAUUUAUAAAAAUACUGCAAUAAUGAGGCAAUACCUACAUGCAUUGUAUUGAAUAAAUUAUGUACUGUUUUUAUGUAAGUUAAAUACUUAUAUAAGAAAGUUAAUGUACGAAAAUGAGGAAAGACUUGAGGGACCUAUAGGUUUAGGAAUCAAUGUAAGUUUAACAUACCAUCUAUAUAUUCUCGAUCUCAUUAUAUCAGAUCAAAUAUAUUGAUUUGAUUGUUCGCUGUUGAUUGUAAGGCUUUUAACGUGAACAUUAUAAUGUUAAAUGUUGUAACAGUAAAUAAACAAUUUACUAACGUGAUUAGGCCAAUUAUUGUUUAAUGUAUUCAAGUGCAAUUAUUAAAGGUUUUGUUAAUUGUUUUGAAAAUGCUAUGAAACACAUUUAAGACAUAUCUAUGAAUUAGAAUUAACAUAAUGUAUGUGUAAUACUUGUCCGUUCUUAAAUCUAAAGAAUUAUUUAUGAAAAAAUGUAUAAUAUACUUGGUAAAUGUUAUUUACUCCAGUAAUUAAAUAUUUUGUAUAUUAAAUCUUUCCAUAGACAAUUUAUAUUAGUUUAUGUUAAUAUUAAGAUAUUUUAAGGAAUCUUGAGUUUUCAUUGUUCAUUAGAUUUAAUUUCUUAUCAUAUUUUUCACACUUGUUUACAUCACUUUUUUUCUAAUUUAAAUGGUUUUAUCAUAUUCUCGACACAUUUUUUAAUCUUAUUUAAUUUUAUAUACAUUUUUACUCUAAUAUUUCUCUUACACUUAGUUUACUAUUUUUAUACAUACCAGACUUAAAUAUUCUAUGUGCUUUAAUCGCAAAUUGUACAAACACGUAAGAACUAUAAGUGAUAAUGACAAAAUCUUACGAAUAAAAUUAUCUUUUAUUAAAAAAGAGUUUUAUUUCUUUACGUUACACGUUAUAUUAUUGUUUGACUCACUGACAUACUGGUAAACCUUAAACCACAUAAUACUAAUGGGUGCCCG